GGAGCCUGGUCGCCUCUUCGCCUCGAGUUUGCCCCCGCGGUUCGCCGCCACCGCCCCGGGGCGGGGUGCGCGGUGCCGCUUACUUCAUGUCCAACACUUCCUCCUGAUUUUCCUGUAUUUGAAAUGGUGAUGCUACAAAACUUGUGUGUUGUUGUGAUGAUGCUACAACACUUGCCCACCUGAGGUUACCAUCGCAGACACUGCUUGUUUGUCCUCUUCGAGCCUUCAACUAUUUCAUGCCAAGGUAGCAUUGGUACUUCUUUUCAAUGCCAGUCAAUCCAUCAAGAUCACAUUUGCAAUGAUGACAGUGACAAGUGCACUGUGUUCCUGGAAGAUUCUUGAGUGAGGAGCAGGUGGUGGAAAUUUCCUUUCAGAGGGAUCCUAGUGCACCAACUUCAGACUGGCACUGCCUUUUAACAUUCUUCCUUUUCUACCAUAUUUCUAUAUGGAAGAUCAACUCUGUGUUAGAUGCUGGAUUGACAGAAAACUGAGGGAAGACUAUCGUAUCAGGAGUGAAGACAGUCCUAGUCCCAAGAGACAACGCCUUUCCCAUUCAGUCUUUGACUAUACAGCAGCAUCACCAGUCCCAUCACCACCAAUGCGACCAUGGGAGAUGACAUCAAAUAGGCAGCCUCCUUCAGCUCGGCCCAACCAACACCACUUCUCAGGGGAACGAUGCAACACACCUGCGCGAAACAGGAGGAGUCCUCCUGUUCGACGUCAGAGAGCAAGGAGAGAUCGUCUGUCUCGACAUAAUUCCAUUAGCCAGGAUGAGAACUAUCACCAUCUCUCAUAUGGACAGCAGCAAGCAAUAGAAGAGCCACGAGCCUUUCACCCACCGAAUGUAUCUCCUCGUAUGUUGCACCCAGCCGCUCACCCGCCACAGCAGAAUGCAGUGAUGGUUGACAUUCAUGAUCAGAUCCAUCAGGGCACAGUCCCUGUAUCAUAUACAGUGACAACAGUGGCGCCACAUGGGAUCCCACUUUGCACGGGUCAGCACAUCCCAGCCUGCAGCACACAGCAGGUUCCAGGGUGCUCAGUGGUUUUCAGCGGGCAGCACCUUCCAGUCUGCAGUGUGCCUCCCCCAAUGCUUCAGGCAUGUUCAGUCCAGCACCUACCAGUACCGUACACAGCAUUCCCACCCCUCAUUUCUAGCGAUCCGUUCCUUUUGCAUCCUCCUCAUCUCUCUCCUCACCACCCUCCUCACUUGCCACCUGCAGGACAAUUUGUUCCUUUCCAAACACAGCAGUCACGAUCGCCACUUCAAAGAAUAGAAAAUGAAGUAGAACUGCUUGGAGAACAUCUUCCUGUAGGAGGUUUUACAUACCCUCCCUCAGCCCAUCCACCAACAUUGCCUCCCUCAACUCCUCUCCAAUUCUUAACCCACGAUCCUUUACACCAGGAGAUGUCAUUUGGUGUACCUUACCCACCUUUUAUGCCUCGAAGACUUACAGGACGCAGUAGAUACCGAUCACAGCAGCCAAUACCACCGCACCCUUACCAUCCCAGCCUAUUACCAUAUGUGCUAUCAAUGCUUCCAGUGCCACCUGCAGUUGGACCAGCUUUCAGCUUUGAGUUGGAUGUGGAAGAUGGUGAAGUGGAAAACUAUGAGGCACUGCUGAAUCUGGCAGAACGCUUAGGAGAGGCCAAACCACGAGGACUGACAAAGGCAGACAUUGAACAGCUUCCAUCCUACAGGUUCAAUCCAAAUAAUCACCAGUCAGAACAAACAUUGUGUGUAGUAUGUAUGUGUGAUUUUGAGUCAAGGCAGCUACUUAGAGUCUUACCUUGUAACCACGAGUUCCAUGCCAAGUGUGUCGAUAAAUGGCUCAAGGCGAAUCGUACCUGCCCAAUUUGUAGAGCUGAUGCUUCAGAAGUGCAUCGUGAUUCAGAAUGACCAAUCUAAGAGCACAAAUCCAGUUUGGGUGUUCCUGGUAAUGUGUAUAUAUGAACUAUCCAUUGAAGUUACCCGUGUGGCUUCCAGCCUUCCCUUUACACAAGAGGGUCAAUGAACCUUACUUUGCACUGUUUGACUUAAUCAGUUAUAAAGCUUAUAAUUAGUCUUCACAAUUAUGGGAUUGUUUUACUAACUGUGUGAUUGGAACUCCAAAGAUUUUUUUUCUGUAGCUUAAUUUUGCGUGUGCACUAACAUUCCCUGGUUUUUGUGUGAUCAUUCCGAGUGUUGCUGCGAGAUUACAGUGGAUGUGAUCUUUUAGCAUGUGCUUUUAUAUAAAAGAAAAAGGAAAAAAAAAAAGUGGUAGCUCCAAACAAUAUAGCAAUCUACCUUAUAUAGAGCCUUCAGAUACUGUGAGUGGGAAUGAAUGGUGUGAACGUGUGUUUGCUCAUGAGAGGAUGCAGGAAGUGUGCUUGUGAUUGGAUGUGCAUGUGUGUUUGAGAACCUAUAUACCAGCAUGUAUUGAGAAAGUAUGUGUGUAGUAUUAAUUAUGCUGCAGUGUAUAAUCUUGUGUGUUAUUUAAACAGUACUAGUACUGUACACUGGUUUCUUUCCUUGUGUUUGCAGUUGCACACUGAAUGUGAUGGGUGCAGCAAUUACAGAUGUUUAAUAUUUCCUCCCCAAUGUCCUUACUGGUAUAAAGACCUUUUUACCUACUAUUCAAACAGCUGUUAUGCUUCCCCUUCAGUGGAGGCUUGAGUGUACCACUACAGAGUGCAUUGAUUGCUCAUACAUGAGUAUCCUUGGGGGUUUUUUAGCUUAUGUUACAAAAUCCAGAUUUUAAAAUGCCAGAUUUAUGAGUUAUUUUAUCAAUGCAAAGUUGCAAUAUCGCACAAAUCAGUUAGCAAUAUUAACAGUUUGAGUUGGUAACUAGAAUACCAAUGCUUUUCUAUUUUCUUUAACAAUUUUGGUAGCUGGAUUUUAUUUGCAUUCAGUUGAUUUCAGAUUAGACUUGAGUUUUGAAGAUGCUACAGUUAUAUGCUUCUUUCCUGAAAGUAAAUGGAAAGGAUACUGAGGGUCUUGUGCAACAGCUCUUCGCUUUUGGCCGUUGUACUUGCUAAGUACAUAAUCCAUUAGCUUAUAAAUAUUGACUUUAAUCAUUUAAAUUCUUUGUCAUUUACAAGGGAAUUUGUAUACAGUUAAAAUAACUUGUAAGAGGUUACAAUUUUAUUCCUGCAACUUCAUGAAUAAAAUAAAAUUUUUAGCGUUUUCUCAGACAAA